GUAGCAUAAACUUAGAUAUUGCACGAACUUCAAAAGAGGACAAACUAAGACAAGAAAUAGCAUUACUUAAAGAAGUAAUUGAAGAAAAAAACAAAACUAUAAACACUUUACAAGAAGAAAACGAAUCCCUACGAAAUUCAAAUGAAGAACUUGCUGUCGAAGUUGAACAUUUUCGUAUUAGAAAUAAUAACAUCCGCCAAGAACGCCAUGCAAAUUGCAACAAUUUUAUUUCAAGCCAACAAGAACACAUAGAUGAUUUGCAAAGAUCACUAAGGGUAAGAAAUGAAGCGGAUCAUUUCUUAUGUAAUCAGAAUAUUACUCGGUUAGAAAAUAGAUUAUCUUACUUUGAGAACCGGGAAGAACAACGUCAACGGGGUGAACGAGUGGAUCCAUAUUUACCUAGAAGUAAUGCUUUCAUCAGUGAGCAGGAGUUUAAUCAACAAUUUAAUCAAUAA